GGCCCAACAGAUUUUCAAUUUCAGAGGGAAACCGGAUUUCCUCCGUUGUUCGAGCAUCGCGUCACUGUCUCACAAAACCCUCAUGCGAUCGAGCUCUUGUCGUCUUGCUGCUUGAUCGUAGAAGACGAAUGAGCAUCGGAUUCGAUUCUUCCAUGGCCAACUUUUUGCAGCCAAAGCUUACCACCAAAAAGGAAAGGUUCCGAAUCAUUUUUGUUCUCUCGUGCCAACUUCUCAGAGUCAGCUACCGCAACCAGGGCGACACGCAUUCAAUCAACCACAGGUAGAAAGAAGCUCUCCAUCUCCUUCCUUCCCCUCUCGAAAGGUCGGAGUGGUGGGUUUCCUUUCACGAAUACCCUUUGAUUGAAUGCGGACCAUCCCAAUCGGAACGAUGCCGAAACCCGAAAACUUGAUUGGCAUAGCUGGAGAUGGUAGCUGUUUGUUUCGUUCUGUGAUUCAUGGUGCGUACCUAAAAGCUGGGAAGCAAUCACCAAGUGAAAGCCUUCAGAAACAACUUGCAGACGAGCUUAGAGCUAAAGUUGCUGAUGAAUUUGUUAAGAGGAGAACAGAAAUUGAAUGGUUUCUCGAAGGUGAUUUUGACACCUACGUAGCAGAGAUGAGACAGCCUCAUAAAUGGGGAGGAGAGCCUGAAUUGCUUAUGUGCUCGCACAUCCUACAGAUGCCCAUUACAGUUUUUAUGAAGGAAAGAUUUUCGGGUAGACUGAAGAUCAUAGCUGAAUAUGGCCGAGAGUAUGGCACUGGAAACUCCAUUAAUGUCCUCUACCAUAGUUACGGACACUAUGAUGCGCUGCUGGCUCCAAUUGGCAAUGUGCAAUCCAGGAUAACUAGCUUGGUCUCCAGGAGCUCUAUCCAGGAGAGUUUGAAGAUUUGUCCCAAUGUCACCUAUGCUUGUGAGCUACUGCCUCAUAGAUUGAAGGGCUGUACAUCAGAUUUUCCUUCUGAACCAGGCAGCAUCGCAGUUAAGCUGUGAGAUGUCGCAGGCAGGAGUCCUGGGAGAUUGAUUAUGUAAAACAAUCUUCCCUCUGCGA